AUUGAAGCGAGGAGCUGAAACCUCAAGCCAGGUUACUGUAUGUCCUUACUACUAGGAUAGGAUGCUGUAGCUUUCGCCACAGAACCUGCUUACUGUUGCGGCGUGGCCUUCAAAGGUCAGAGUGAUGCUCCUGGCGGAUCCACUGUGACCUGUGUUACUGCGGUUUCCACAGAAACAAGACAGCGGUGUGCAGAAAGUCGCAAAAAGAUGACGUCGCCGUCGCCCACUCACAGUGACAGCAGCAGCUCCUCUAAACAUGACAGCAACCAGGACAGCUGGGAGAUUGUGGAGGGGCUCAGAGGGGUUCCUGCCAGCAUGCAGGAGCCUGACAGACAGGAGGGUUUCCUGCUUAAGAGGAGGAAGUGGCCCAUGAAGGGAUGGCAUAAGAGAUACUUUCUGUUGGAGAAAGGCAUCUUGAAGUAUGGAAAGCGUGGAACUGAUCUGAAGAAGGGAAAGCUUCACGGCUGCAUAGAUGUUGGCCUAUCAGUCAUGUCAAUCAAGAAGAAAGCCAUGUGCAUUGAUCUGGACACAGAGGAUAACAUCUAUCACCUAAAGGUGAAGUCUCCAGAGCUGUUUGAGGAGUGGGUGUCAAAGAUGCGUCAUCACCGCGUGUUUCGACAGAAUGAGAUUGCCAUGUAUCCCCACGAGAGGCACCUCUUCCACCCCCAUGCCUCUUCCUCUCCCUCCGUCAAUGACUCUCUGAGAAAAAGGGCUACUCUUACCAAACAGGCGUCAGUCCACCAGGCUAAAGUCAGUUCUUGGCUCCAUUCCUCAGAGGACAUGGACAGGUGCUGCAAAGACUUGGAGGAGUGUGAAUCGUAUCUGCUCGAACUCAACCUGCUGCUGAAGAGCAUGGAGGUCCUCCACCGCACGUACUCGGCUCCAGCCAUCACUGCACUACAAGCAUCUACUUAUGACAUCCCCAAAAAAGAGAAGAGGCCAAGGAGGUGGCGAUCCAAAAACAGUGGCAAAGAAACCAAAGCCACGCUACAGGUCCCAAGCUGUAUCUCCUCCAAGUCUCCUCGUCUCCAUGCCUCCAACCCCAACCUCUCCACCACUGAGUCCAACGCCCAGGAAGUCUGUCCUGAAUCCCCAGACUCGCCUACAGAUGCGAACCGUCUUCAGGAGGACUUCUGCAGGCUGGCCAACAACAUCCACACCACACUGAAAUCAGCCUUUAGUUCUCUGGUAGCAGAAAGAGACAGACUGAGGCACACCAUCGACAAGCAGGCACCCCAGCCUGUGCAGGUCAUGGGCUUAAAGACUGCCUAUGCCUCAGAAUGUUCAGGCGGCUCCCACUCCUUGGUCCACCAGGUUUCUAAUGAGAGCAAAGCAUCUAUCCCAGAGUCCAUAUCAGAGUUCUUUGACGCUCAGGAGUACCUUCUCUCCUCUUCCUCCUCUGAGAACGAGGUGUCCGACGAUGACUCGUACAUCAGUGAUGUCAGUGACAGUGUCUCCAUGGAUACCUGCAGCAACGAGGGAGGGAGUGAGAGACACAACUCUGUGAGCAGCGUGUUGACCCUGACUCGUCGGCGCUCCACGCUGCCGUCUCCAAGUCCCACCAGCAGCGUGAGCCUGUGGAACAUCCUGAGGAACAACAUCGGAAAGGACCUUUCCAAGGUGGCCAUGCCAGUACAGCUCAAUGAGCCAAUCAACACCCUCCAGAGGCUGUGUGAGGAGCUGGAGUACAGCGAGCUGCUGGACACUGCCAACCAGACCCAAGACCCUUACCAACGCAUGGUGUAUGUUGCUACGUUUGCAAUAUCUGCCUAUGCCUCCACCUACCAUCGAGCAGGAAGCAAACCAUUUAACCCUGUCCUGGGAGAAACGUAUGAGUGUGACAGACCCGACAAGGGCUUCAGGUUUAUAGCUGAACAGGUGAGUCAUCACCCACCUGUGUCAGCAUGUCACUCUGAUUCGAGGAACUUCACCUUUUGGCAAGAUGUCCGAUGGAAAAAUAAAUUCUGGGGAAAAUCCAUGGAAAUUGUUCCCAUGGGAACCACACAUGUCACACUACCUGCCUUUGGCGACCACUACGAAUGGAACAAAGUAACCUCCUGCAUCCAUAACAUCCUGAGCGGCCAGCGCUGGAUCGAACACUACGGAGAGAUGUCCAUCAAAAAUAUCAACAGUGACGUCUGCCAGUGUAAAGUCACAUUUGUCAAGGCAAAAUCAUGGAGCUCCACGGUGAAUGAGAUAGAGGGAGUGGUUACAGAUUCAAAUGGAAAAGUUGUACACUCCAUUUUCGGAAAAUGGCAUGAGUCUGUGUUUAAAGGAGACCCACCUUCUGCCACGUGCAUCUGGAGAGCAAACCCCAUGCCAGUGGAUCAAGAACAGUACUAUGGCUUCACCCAGUUUGCAGUGGAGUUGAAUGAGCUGGACUCCACCCUGAGACCUCUGCUUCCCCCAACAGACACACGCUUCAGGCCGGACCAGAGGCUGCUGGAGGAGGGGAACCCAGAGGCAGCUGAGGAGCAGAAACAGAGGAUAGAGCAGCUCCAGAGGGAGAGGAGGAAAGUGCUGCAGGACAACAACAUGAUGCACCAGCCACGCUUCUUCAAGAAGUCUAAGGAUGACACAUGGGUGAGCGACAACACUUACUGGGAGCUGCGUAGAGACCCCAGCUUCAGCAUAAUGGAUUUCCCUGUGUUGUGGUGACCUCUGGAUUUGACCACACCUCUCCACUAUGACUUAUCAUAUAGAGGGAAGUGUAAAACAGAACUGAGACCAGCCUCCAAGAAUCCUGACUUGGUUAACAUGAAUCACUCCAUGUCAUGGUAACCUAAACCAAUAUGGACUUCCUGCUUCCACUUUUGGGACAGAGCCUGUAGAACUUCUGUUGUAGUUUUUAUUGUUUAUUAUGUUUCUCCUAAAGGGUACACUUUCUCCUCUCAUUAUUGUAACUGUACAUUUACACAGUGUCAGAGUAGAGUAAAUAUUAAUAUCAUUAUGUUCUGUUGCAUCUCAGCAUUUACCAAAGUGCCUUCUUAUUGCAGUGCUGCACUCAAUCAACUGCUUUAGCAGUUAUGCAAAAACACUUUUAUUAAGAGACUUUUAAAACUUCUCAUCAGAAGAUGUCAAUAAUGUGUGGACUUUACUGGAGGAAAUAGGAUCAGGGUUGGAAGUGAACUUGUUCAAAAGGUCAAAAGUUGGUUGAGUAUUCCACAUCCAGUCAGUAUCAUGACACCAGGAUUUUCUGAUUGCUUUAGCCAGUGGCUGAUCACAGCAAAAGAGGGACUCAGCCUUAUUUCAGUGUGCUGCCUUGUUGUAAUGACAUGACUGUCAUAGGACUGUAGAUACAGUUUUUUACAGCGGGGGAAAAAGCAAUAAUACUCCAUGUUAAAAGAAGACAAUAAACUGCACAAUGGAUAGACAAGUUAA